GACUCAGCAAAGGCGCAGCGGGUUAGCGCCUGCCUUCGCCACUUCCGACACCACCCGGGGAUCAGGUUCCGGGCCGCCGAGCUCCGGGCCUGUGGUUCUCGCGGGGCUCGCGCGGCGUUGUCGGGCUCCCCGGGCCGCGCGUCCGGUGCUGGAAGGGAUGCAGGAUUCCGGGGCGGCGGUGACUACGGCAGGGGAGGCCGAACUGAAUUUGUCCCGACUUAGCGUGUCCCCCGAGACGCUGGAGUUGGAGCUAGAGUCUCGGGGCGACGAGCGGCGCGGCGCGCGGAAGGCGCUGCUGCGGCUGCUGCUGCCGUACAACCGUCUGGUAUCGCUGCCGCGGGCUUUGGGUAGGGGCUUUUCGCAUCUCCAGCUGUUGGACGUGAGCGGCAACGCACUGACCGAGCUGGGGCCGGAGCUGCUGGCUUUGCGCGGCCUACGCACGCUGCUGGCUAAGAACAACCGGCUCGGUGGGCCCGGCGCGCUUCCCAAGGGUCUGGCCCAGUCGCCUCUCUCUCGCAGCCUUCAGGUGCUCAACCUCAGCGGGAACUGCUUCCAAGUGGUGCCCCCUUCGGUGCUGGAGCUGCGUGCGCUGCAGACCCUCAGCCUGGGCGGCAACCAGCUGCAGACCAUCCCGGCUGAGAUCGAGAACUUGCAGAGUUUAGAGUGUUUAUAUCUUGGAGGAAACUUCAUCAAGGAAAUCCCACCAGAAUUAGCAAAUCUGCCUUCUCUGACUUACUUGGUCUUAUGUGACAACAAAAUCCAAAGUGUGCCUCCCCAGCUUUCACAGUUGCAUUCACUCCGUUCCCUCAGUCUUCACAAUAACUUGCUAACAUACCUGCCUCGAGAGAUCCUCAACCUUACCCAUUUGGAAGAAUUGAGUUUGCGAGGAAAUCCGUUGGUUGUUCGUUUUGUUAGAGAUUUAACCUAUGACCCUCCAACUCUCCUGGAAUUAGCUGCACGGACCAUUAAAAUUCGAAAUAUUUCCUACACUCCCUGUGAUCUUCCUGGGAAUCUUCUGAGAUACUUGAGUUUAGCCAGCAAUUGUCCAAACCCAAAGUGUGGAGGGGUCUACUUUGACUGCUGUGUCAGACAAAUAAAAUUUGUGGACUUCUGUGGGAAGUACCGCCUCCCCUUGAUGCACUAUUUGUGUUCGCCAGCGUGCUCUUCCCCUUGCAGCUCCGCCUCUCACAGCUCCACGUCCCAGAGCGAAUCCGACUCGGAGGAUGAAGCUAGUGUUGCUGCCCACAGAAUGCAGAAAGUUCUUCUCGGUUGAAAGGAGUGUGGGGUGGUGCAAAACACUAAAAGACUGAGAGAAGGUAGUUAGAAAAGAAAAUAGACUUUGAAGUUAAAGAAACAUUUAUCUUCAUUUUGAAUGUUCGUGAAAGAAUCAGAGAUGAUGUAAAAGACUGUUUUAUCUACUAAUUCAGCAGGAAUAAGACCAGUUCCCUCUUAGGAUUCUUUGAAUAUAAUUCAACUCUGAAGGCGGUUUCAGAUUUGGCUGGUUAUUUGCAACUUUCACUCAGAGCAGACUAGAACCUUCUGAAGAGCAGUGCUGUGAUAAACCAUGAGUGGUGUAGCUUGUGACAGUUGCGAUGAAGAAAGAAUUGAUCAAAGCUGUGAUUGUUACCAAAGUUGUCCCUGGGUAUAGUUUGAACACUACACAGUAAUGGGGUUUACCCUCCUUUCAUGUAUUGCUCAUACAUCUAGAUUACAGAGCUAUUCAGAUAAGCUCACAGACCUAAACCUUUCUGACCUACUAACUGGUAAUGUAGGGAGUAUAACUUUAUGUGUGAUUUUAAAACUCUUCAGUUCUGCUCCUUUAUUUUAUGAUUGCUGUUACUCGUAGGUAAUCCAGCAGUGACUGCUAUAGUGCCUUAAAUCCUAGCUAGAAUUUUAAAGUUUAUUCAGGAAAUGCCAGAGCAGCCUGCAGCCUGCCAUACUAUGCAGAACACUUUGAAACAUGCUUCAACAGAGCUAGGUAAACAGCUGUAUAUCUGCCAUCUGAGGUCAUAGCCACCUUAACUUCAUUUUUUGCUUAACCAUGAAGUAAUCCCCUAGCAAAUCACUGCUACACUUAAUGGGAGGCCAUAGUCCUGAUCAAUCUGUUGAUCAUAAGAGAACAAUAGUUUUUGAUUGAAAAAUUGGUCAAAUUUCUUUUGACGAGAGAGAGAUAUAAGGUAGGAAAGCUUCUUUAUAUCUUGCAUUAAAGGAGUGGGAAAAGGACUUAAGAAUUUUAAUAGUCAGAUAUGGCUCCAUUGCCUAUAUGUACUGAACUAUAACUUUCUACAUUUUAAAGAAACAUUAGAAAAACAUUACAACAAACCAAAUAAAAUUUGGGGCAGCAGUCAUUGUGUUUGUACACAAUAGAACAAUUUUCUAAACCAGUGUAACCAUGGAAUAUUUUUUGAAAAUAAUGUAUUGACAAAAAAUUAUUAAGUAAUCCUUCAAGUAUAGCAGAAAAAUGGUUUCACAGAUUACUUGCUAUAACAUUCUUACUAGUUUAGUAUGCAAUAAAAAUUAAAUAAUGGUCUAAUUAUAAGUUGAUAUUAAAAAAUAAAAUACACAGCAUAUACUAGCAAUCCUUAGAUCAUUAACCUAUAACAACAUGGUGUUUUGUUGGUAAAUGUUACCUGUAUAGCAAUAAGCAGGUCAGAGGUGUGUUGGAACAGGAAGUGAUCUCCAUUCUCACUUGCUGGCAUUCAUAAAUGGGCACAUCACUUUUCCAAAGCAGAUUGUUUUACAAUAGUAUGUAUGUGUAUUAAGUUUAUGUCAUAUAUAUUAUUUUUUAUCUUAGAAGAAAAUACACUGUAGGAUAGUUCAGGGUUUGUUUAUUAUAUGUUAAUUCAUGAAACACGGGAGUUUCAUGACUGCAGUUGUGAAACGCUGCUAUAGGGUAAACCCCUUCCCCUUGUUCCGACGUAGUAGGAUUCUUUUUUCCUUUUCAGAAAUUUUCUAUGUGUAUGAACUAAUCUAGUAUAUUUCUACUGUCUAGCAAAGUAGUACAUGGGUGAUUGUAUCUUACAGUGGAGGUAAUAAAAAAGUGUUUACUUCUCCGUUUGAGCCACUGCAACCUACAUACUACAGACUUAGGACAGGUGAAGGUGACAGGUAGUGCCUAAGUGGAACGCUCAGAAUGUUUUGUUUGUGACUUAGUUUAGAUACACAAAAUAUUUUUAUAGAAAAUAAAUAAUGUAGUCAUAGUAAAAUACUCAAUAGGAGCAAAUUUUUAAGGCUUAAAUGCCUCCGUUUACUUUCUAAUUCAUUACCAGCUUGACCUAAC